AUGACGAGGACUACAGAAGAGGUGAGAGGAGCGAUCGAGAAGGGGAUCGCGAUUGCUCUUCUUAUCGCGACUAUGAUCAAAGUGGGAGCGAGUCUGGCUCAGAAAGCGAAGGUUGGACAAAGGUGUCCCAUCGCAAGCAUAAGAGUAAGUCCUAUUAAUUUAUUUUCAUUAACUACCUUCACAUAUAAUCCACUUAGAAUUCUUACCAUUAAUGUUCAUGGACUAGGCACUACCUGUAAACGCGAUCUCUUUCUCCAUGAGUUAAACGAAAAUUAAGAUGUUGAAAAAUGUUUUAAAGGUCAAUGUUUUUGGUCCUUUGGGAUCGGCAAAUCUGCCGGCGUAGCUAUUCUUGUUUCUCCUGAAUUUUCUGGUAAGAUCAUUCGCUAUGUCCACGACACUGAUGGUAGAAUUCUGAGCCUUCUUGCCGAUCUGAACUCUUUAAAUUUUAAUAUUAUUUGUGUUUACGCUCCAAACACCGUGUCCGAUCGUAAAUUAUUUUCCAACCAUCUACAUACCUUUUUUCCGUCACCCGGCGAUUUAAUUUUAGGUGGCGAUUUUAGUUGUAUUUAUUCUGAACUUGACCGCUUGCAUAUUAAAUCGGACUUUAGGGCAGACAAGUGUUGCUUGUCAGCCCUCAAGUCCGAUUUCUGCCUUGUUGAUGUCUUUCGCAAGCAAAAUCCGAAAGCGAUUUCUUUCACCUGGUCUAAUAAAGAUUUUUCCCAGGCUUCUCGCCUGAAUUGCUUCUAUAUUUCUUCCUCUCUUUUGCAGUCAGUUCGCGGAAAUAAGUGUUUUCCUUGUUCUCUUUCUGAUCACGAUUUU